AUGUCGGGCCCCGGAGCUGGUUACGAAUACCCUGCCCAGGAGGUCUCCUGGCAGAAGCGCGAUGUCCUGCUGUUUGCCAACAGCAUCGGCAUCAAGGCCGACGAGCUCCACUUCCUCUACGAGCUUCAUCCCAACUUCGCCGUCUUCCCGACAUAUUCUCUGAUUCUGCCCUUCAAGCUCACCGACCAAGAAGUGACGGAUUUCUAUGCUCGUCAGCAGUCGCACCCUAUCCCGGGUGUUCCCAAAUUCGACCCCCGUCGCUCUGUCGACGGCCAGCGCAAGCUCACUGUCCUGAAGCCUCUUCCUCCUACUAGUGCAGGCAAGAAGUUUGAGCUGCGCAACAAGGUCAUUGGUGUUUACGACAAGGGCAAGUCGGGGUCUGUGAUUGAGUCGGAACAGUCCAUCGUGGAUGCUCAAACUGGCGAGGUGUACACCAAGACCGUCAGCAGCGGUUUCAUGGUGGGACAGGGUAACUGGGGUGGACCCAAGGGCCCCAAGGCUGUGAACUAUCCCCCUCCUGAGGGCAGAAAGCCCGAUGCUGUGCAUGUUGUCCAGUCGACUCCUGAGACUCCCCUUCUCUACCGCCUGAAUGGUGACUACAACCCCUCUGCAUGCCACCCCCGAGCCCGGUGUGAAGAUGGGAUUCGGCGGUGUCAUCAUCCACGGUCUCUUCAGCUGGAACUCCGCCGCUCACGGUAUCCUCCGCGAGCUUGGAGGCAGCGAUCCCAAGAACUUGAAGGAGUUCCAGGCCCGCUUCGCCUCCCCUGUGAUCCCUGGCGACAAGCUUACCACCGAGAUCUGGCGGAUGGGCACUGUCGAGGAUGGCUUCGAGGAGGUCCGUUUCGUGACCAAGAACCAGAAGGGCAAGGCUGUUCUUAG